AGUCUCAUGAAGGGUCAAUUAAACAGUGGAUAAUCCCAUAAAUGUGAAUGCUCAUUAACCAAUUACUAUAAAAUAGGCAAUCGCGAUGCUUAGGGAGCGUUUGGACAUGAUUUGGUUGAGAUUUGAGAAAAAUAAUAAUUGAAGUUGAAGGUGGAAUUUUCAUGGUCAAACGCCCCCUAAUCUCUCAAACUUCCUAUCAAGCUCAAUAAAAUAGGCAAUUGUGAUGCCUAAGGGGCGUUUGGACAUGAUGUGGUUGAGAUUUAAGAAAAAUAAUAAUAUUUGACGUUGAAGUUGAAGGUGGAAUUUUCAUGGCCAAACGCCCCCUAAUCUCUCAAACUUUCUUAUCAAGCUCAACAACUUUUUGCCAUUGUGUGAAUCACAAACAAGAAUCUGUUCACAACUACAUUUAGCCAUGUGCCCAAGUAAUCUACCAUUUGGAUAAGCACUACCCAAAAAAAAAAAAAUCAGAACACUUUACCUAAAACACAAGGUAGUUUAUUUUAACCACUCAUUAUCAAGUCUCCAACCAUCUUUAAAAAGCCAUCACUUGAUAAGAGAAACUCAUUUUUUUGUGAUAAGAAAAGUCUUGUCAAACUGCUCUUAUCAUAACACACCAUAUAAACCACUUAGAUAAAAUAGACAAAAUAUGGUUAGGGAAUUGAGAGCAACAGGAAUAAGGGGUGUUGAAGAUAUAACAAAUGUUGGCAUUUGGAGUCUCUGGUUGAUGGUUUUGGUUUGCUUGUGUAUCAUUUCAACAAUCAUUUUCUCUUGUGCAGAUGGUGUUUCUAAAGAGAAAGAAGCAACAACUCAUACAGAUAACUAUGGUGCCGGAUGUGGUGCAGGUUGUGGCGCUGCCUGUGGCGCCUGACUAGUGAAAAAGGAAAUAGUAAGAAUCAAAUCCACGCCUAUUGCGUGGAAGAUGACUCCCACUGAUACCACUAGACUAUAAGUCUUGCUUAGAAGUUUCUUUCCUUCUGCAUAUGCUCUACUUGUAAUGGGGGGGAGGGGCGAGCGAUAGCUCGAUUACAUGUCAUUGUAAUACUUUGAUGGCAAUGUUCAAUUGUACAAUUCUUAGUCA